AUGCUGCAGUCUCCCUUCGCAAGGACAUCCGCCCAGGACCACCACCACCAGCAGCCGGCGAUCGAGGCUGGCUGCAUCGACGACGAAUCGGAGGACGAGGGGGAGGCGAUUGCGGAUGCACUGCUCGGGCGCAGAACGCACGCUCGACUGUCGAUCGGCAAACACAUCGACUCCUCCCCAUCCAGGACGAGCUGUCUCGAAGAAGGCCAGCUGCGCGAGGACGAGGAGAGCCAGAGCCAGGCGAAGGCGCCCACCCAGCAGGACCACUCCGCCAGCUCCUCAAGCGUCCCCCAGCAGCCACCCUCGUCCCUCCUCGAUCGGCUCGGCCCACCCUCCCAGUCAGCCUCGCUGGCCUCCUCAAGCUCGCCCCAGGACGACCGCCCACGGAGAACCCACAUCCACGGCCCCCAUGAGGAAGCCAAGAUCCAGCCGUCGAGGCCCCCCAGGGCGCACAGGCAACAUCCAGCCCCCCACUCCCCCAAACGAUCCCGCAACUCGCGCUCCAGGUCGCCCAUCAAUCGCCAGCCACCCCUGUCGGCCACCGAGCAGAGGCGGACCUCACUCAGCUCGCGCAUCACCUUGUCCAACCGACACCACUCCUGCUCGCCCAUCGCUCUCCAGUUCGACGUCCAGUCCAGGUGCCAGCAAAUCGCCCGUCGCUUCUCUUCCCCAUCCAACUCCACCCCUGUCCGGAGGGACCCCCGCGAACAGCGCGAACAACAGCCUGCCGCCCCACACUACGAACCCAACACACCCAACUACAACUCCCAUCGCCCUCACCACCACCAUCCACCUCCUUAUCCUCACAACGGCCCUCCAGGCUCCCAGAGCAAGGCCUCCAACUCCAACGCCAUCGCACUGCCCACCAGCAAAUCCCCAUCCCUCAAGAAUGCCAGUCUCAGAGUCUCUAUCCUCAUCGAAAACCUGCCCCCCUACUCAGCCCUGACACCCAGAAGACUCUUCGAACAUCUCGUCAAUCUGAUCCCUCCCACCCAGAGACCCGAUCCCGGCCUGCCCUCUGCCCUCAAGCUGUACAGAUACGCUCGCUCGGACUGCGUCUGUGCCGAACUCAGGUUUAAUGCGCUCGCUCACGCACGCUACUUUGUCCAGAGAACCCCACGGGCGUGGCCCUCGAUCUGGUAUACCGCCUCCAAGAUCCCCCCAGAUUCUCGAAAGAAGUCGAUGGAAUUCACCCUGCUCGAGGGAGACAAGCCGGUCACUUGGCCCAGUCGUUACGAAACUUACUAUCCCAAGUUCAAGUCUGAUACAUAUCGACCCCACACCCGGACGGUCGAAGAAGAUACCACUACCCCCACACCAGAGAAGGAGACCAGUCCAAGCUCUUCGCAAACUCGCCACGCUCCCGUCCCGGAAUUCGGACGUCGGAAAGCAGCACAGACCAAUCAGCUAUCAGCCCCCUCAACCUCCAAACCUUCAAAGUCUUCGAACGCGUUGACCGCAAAGUCUCACCACUCUGAUCACUAUCGUCCUAAGGGCCGGCCUCACGAAGACCACGAUGCUGCCCCAGCCAGAAAGAAAUCACGCCCACCCGCUUUGAAAGCCCCAUCCCCAGAGGACUCUCACGAACUGAUCAAGAAUGAACUUAUCAAGAACGAAAUAUCCAUCCUCCUCAGUCAAUCAUCAAACACAACCACCACCAAACCCCCAAAGGACACCAAUCUCCCAGUCCUCAACGACCCUCCAAAACAUACCAAGCACUCCCCCCAAAAAACAAACCUACAACCCGUCGACCACCCAACAAACGGUGCACUCGUCAAAGCUUCCCAAGGAGCUCCAGCGCCUUCGUCCACUCGAGCAGACGAUCAGCACAAGCCACCGUUCACCUCGAUCAUCAACGUGUCCGUAGCUGGCUCAGGACCGGGCUCGAAGAUACCAGGAUUGAAUGUGGGAACAGCACAUCAGGGAAACCCGUCGCCAGCGCUGACACUGCAUUCAGUGAGCUCGAAGAGUCCGGAAUCGGCGGACACUAAGUAUCCUCACCCGGUAUUCACACUAGAGAGCCUUCACGGAGAGCCGAAGGAGCGGACCAACGGGGUCUUGUUGAGCAAGAUGCUGCCCUCCAUCACCCUCUCCGUCCUCCAGAGCCACUUCCUCAUCCCCAACCGACCCCGCGACUUCAGGAUCUUCGAGCCCCUCCAGAUCUGCUAUGGCCCCUUCUUCAACCCCGCCCCCCUCGACCAGUCGAUCUCCUCCACUACUGGAUCCCAGGCUGACCUUUCCCUCAGCCAUCAGCUCGAGAUGGGAUGUCUUAUCUCUUUCAGCGAUCCGAAUACUGCUGCUCACUUUUGUAGGGUCUUGGAACUCAACUCUCCCUUUCAUCCCCUGCACAUCCGCUUGGUCGACCCUGCGCACAUCCAAUUCCUCCCCUCGGCAUCGACGAUCAGCAACCCGCCCAAACAGCAGCAGCAAGGAUAUCUGGACCCGAGCGGGACGUGUUAUGGCCCGAUGAGCCCCUUCUUCUCCAACGCCGGCUUUCUCAACUGGCCGACGGUCCAGCAGGAGAUGAUGCAGUCCGGGAGUCCGUUAGGGCUCGGGCCGAUGGGCCAGCUGGCCGAGCCGCGCACCCCGAGCGGGCCGCUCCAGCACCACCAGUCGGCCGACAUGGGCUACAGCAAUAACAGCAACAACGCUUACCCUUAUCUUAACGACUAUUCUUCAGGCCUCCUUGGCCACCACAUGUCCUCACUUCCCUCCCCCUCUCAUCUGUCCUUCACCAAUUCGCUGUCGUACAACCACUCCCCGUACUCUCUCCCGCCUCCGCCCCAGGCCGUCUCCGACCCCUCACAGGACCUCUCCACCCUCCUCUCGUCCUCCUCGCCCUCCCAGCCCUUCUCCUCCCACCCGCUCCCGCCCAUCCCUCCUCCACAGUCCCUCACCGCCCUCCACCGUCCGCCCUCGUCGUCCCUCCACACCGCCCAAGACUUCUCCCCCGCACAGACCUUGCCCCCGCUCCCGCGCUGCAACCCGCAGCCCUCUCCGCCCCCGCCCCCGCCGCCUGCGUCUGCAUCCGCCUCGACCCACGACUUGCCCGUGGCUUGUUCCUCCGAGGGCCCGCUGUCGGCGUCGACGUCCGUCGACUCGCUCGAGAUCCUCACCUGCUUACCAACCAAUAACAACCCUUCUUCCUUUGACCCCUAUCCCCACCAACCCCACUCGUCUUCCAACACCCACUUCAACGGCCAUCCGAGCACCCCUCACUCGACGACCUACUUCAAUCCGAACCCCAGGAAGUCGCCCUUCCUCGUCCCUUCUUCGACUCCCACUAAUCCGACUCCCGCGCCCGCUAACAACACCACUGUCCUGGGCCCCCCUCCGGCCGCCGAAAACGCUCCGCCGCCUGGAAGAGCUUCGGGUUCCCCAGUGCCCGCCUCCCAACCUAUCGUCAGCGCUCCUUCGUCCAGCGCUCCCUCCAAUACUCAGCUCGAACAUCUCCAACGUCUCAAGAAUAUCCUUAAGGCUAGAAAAGCCGUCGGCCCCUAA